AUGCCAUGGAUGGCCACUAUGCUAGCAGCGCUAGCGCUGCAUUGGGUUGCCGGCAAUCGUUUUGGCAGCAACUACAACGCGCUCAUGCCAAAUCCCGGCAAGCCCUGCAGUCGCUUUCUGGGCUUGGGCGAUUGUAUGGAUAAAGCAACCAGUCAAGAAGAUGAUACCUCCAAAAUGCUAAGCAGCUUGUUGGGCUUAGUGCCAAGCACAGCAGCUACACCACGUCCAACAGAGGCAGCAGCGCUUACACCGUAUCAGCUGCCGCCCAUGUACUACAAUGAUUUCUACGAGGAUCUGUUGACCAGCAAGCGCAAUGACGUGCACGCCGCCAGCUGCGACUGCAAAGUUAUGAACGAUUUAAUCGAUCUGGGCAGCAAGUACUUUCCACGCUAUCUAAUGAGCGCUGUCUGCGAAACUCCGCCGACACUGGAUGCUAAAUGCUUGCAUGGCUCUAAUUGCAAGCCGCUGGAGUAUAAAGUAAAAGUAUUAACCCUAACUCCCGAGCUAGUUAAUGACAAGUCAGCUGCGUCUGCCGCGCGUCUCUGGCUACCCGAGAAGGUCACCCAACUCUGGCAGUGGCAGUUUGAAACUGUAACUGUUACCGCCGGCUGCUUUUGUGCCAAUUAA